AGUCAGAAAUGGAUGAUGAAGACUGUGAAAGAAGAAGAAUGGAGUGUUUAGAUGAAAUGUCCAAUCUUGAAAAACAAUUUACAGACCUUAAAGAUCAACUUUACAAAGAAAGAUUAAGCCAGGUGGAUGCAAAACUUCAAGAAGUCAUAGCUGGAAAAGCACCUGAAUAUUUAGAACCGUUGGCAGCUUUACAAGAAAAUAUGCAAAUCCGAACCAAGGUGGCAGGUAUCUAUAGAGAGCUUUGUCUGGAAUCUGUGAAGAACAAGUAUGAAUGUGAAAUUCAAGCCUCUCGACAGCACUGUGAGAGUGAAAAGCUUCUGUUAUAUGAUACUGUACAAAGUGAACUAGAAGAGAAGAUUAGAAGACUUGAAGAAGACCGCCAUAGCAUUGACAUCACCUCAGAAUUAUGGAAUGAUGAGCUACAGUCCAGGAAGAAAAGGAAGGACCCAUUCAGUCCAGAUAAGAAGAAACCUGUUGUUGUAUCAGGUCCCUAUAUAGUUUAUAUGUUGCAAGACCUUGAUAUACUUGAAGACUGGACAACAAUAAGGAAGGCAAUGGCUACAUUGGGGCCACACAGAGUAAAGCCAGAACCACCUGUCAAAUUAGAAAAGCAUCUACACAGUGCUAGAUCUGAAGAAGGAAGACUCUAUUAUGACGGAGAGUGGUAUGGACGUGGACAGACGAUAUGCAUUGAUAAGAAGGAUGAAUGUCCUACAAGUGCCAUAAUUACAACAAUUAACCACGAUGAAGUUUGGUUUAAAAGACCAGAUGGAAGCAAGUCCAAGCUAUAUAUUUCUCAGCUACAGAAAGGAAAAUAUUCAAUAAAGCAUAACCACAACUGACAGUAGCUAGCCAGAUAUGAAACAAGUGGUAUUGCCAUGCUUGACGUGCCAUGGGCUGAAAGUUGUAUUUAACAGUGUUUUGUAUUCCUUAUAAAUUUACAGCAGUAUCUGAUGUGUAUUUGUAGUGCUGUAUGUAAACUUCAUAUGGAUCACCUUCAGAAACCUGAGGAUGCAAAAUCAUUUUGAUAAACAUUUUACAUCUAAAUUGGGUUCAGUGCCUAAGAUAUGAAGUAUGGUCUUCAAGAAUAAUUGCUCAGAAAUUCUCAUAUUUGUCAA